AUGAGGGAGGAGGAGGAGGCACGGGGCCAUCCAAGGGUAUCUACAGUUCGGGUUUGGCUACCGCCACCGCGGCCACUCACUGCCGUCGUCGCGGUUGUUAAAAAAAACGAACAGCUUUUUGCUAGCACUGCGUUGAAGAUUUCUAUUCGUUUUUGUCUUUCGCACCCACACUGACUGCUGUUUUUUUGCUCCGAGUGGGCCAAACAAUUUUUUGUUUUAAACUUCCGACCAGCACCACUAUGCAUACCACCACCAGCUGCUGCUGGAUCGACAAGACAUGAAGAUUUCGAGAAAAUUCUAUCAUAUCUAAAGUUAAACUAAAACCGCAAGAACGUUGCUGCUACAACAACCAACAGCGAAGACACGCGCGGUUGGCAAGAGCCAGGCGUGAACGAAAACAAGUCUCACGAAAAAAAUGUACGUUUACACUCUUUCGGCCUUCUACCCAUGCUUCCGCCAAACCCCGCAAAUGCAGGUCGUUUCGCGGUGCUGACCGAAAGAAGAAGCAAAACAAUGCACGCACUACAGCAGUAUGUUACCGGUUCUCAACCAGCGAGGGUUGGUUUCUGCACGAAACCAUCACCCGUAACUUCAACACCGCGAGAAAAGAACAAAACCAGUCUAGUCUAUGCAUACAUCACAACAACAUUUAAAAUUCCCUCGGGAAUAAAUAUGUACUUCGUUUGAACAGCAGUCUACACUACAGGCAACAGAGCGUACAUAUGACAUGAACGUAUUCACACAACGAUAUACAACACAUUAAUUGUAACCCAUCUGACGAUCGAUGCACAACACCCUUGCCUUGCCCAACCUCCUCCACCAACAACCCGAGUCCCUUUCCCCUCGUGCUGCUACAGAGGCAGACGCCGUCAAAUUGCUCUCCAUCUGCCCCACAGCUUACUCAUAUCAUUCAUUGCAUCCAUCCUCCCUUGUGGUACGGCAGCGUACGUACGUA